AUGACCAUAUAUCGGACCGUUGAUUUCCAGCAUGCUUCUACGUCAAUCCAACAAAAUCAAGAGAGGAUCAUUCACUCAAUUCAGAUUCAAUUACCUUUGUUUCUUCUCUCCGCGGGCCUUGAAACAGGUUUCUGGACAAGCCUCUUCACGUCCAUCAUCAAUUUUGCUCGAUACGUUUCCUUCCAUUCAGACCUUGGAAUAGGCCUCCUGGACAGACAUUCCGACAACCUUCGGGACCACUUUCUACCUUCAUCCUCCUCGGGCAUCCAAGAAAAGAGGCCCUUGAAUAGGAACCAACAAAAACAACUAUCAUUUCGAAGAAAGAAGAAAAUUCUGGGUCCGUGA